GGUGCCAUUUUCCAUUGUGAAGAACUACACCCUAAAGCAACGUCGUUGUUAGACAUCAGUGUCUUUGCCGAAAUGGCAGUGUAAAAGUGUGCCGCCACCCAGCAGCAACCAACAAAACAGUGCAUCCAGCCAGUGCACUGAGUCGCUUCUAACUCAGCAACAUGUCGUCCUACGUGGAAACCUUCAGCACUGCUGCAUUUGACAGCAUAAGAGAGUUGAUCGCCACCCUAACUUUGUCACACACCCUACUUGUGACUGACAACGACCACUAUGACCAUGAUAAUGAAAAGCUCACAGUUUGGCCUGGAAGACAUGGAGGACCUUCUCUGGGGGCCUUCUUCUCCCAUGGUUGAUGCCAUGGACCCCCUUUUUCUUCACCCUGACAAAGACGGACAACAGGAAGGAGGAGAAGGCUCGUUGCCGGGGCAUAUGUCGCCCCUCGCCGCCUUGGUUCUUUCUUCUUUAUCCUCUCCUCCGCCUUUCUACUCUCCUCCUCCCUCACCACCAGCUGUUAACCUCAGUGGUCGGGACAAAGCUGGGACAGAGUCUGACCUGCUCCCCUUCUCUUGGUUGGACCACCCUGUUCAGCUGAGUUCGAGUCGGAUGGUUUCGGGGGACAGCAAAGAUGAUGCACUCUGUGAUCUGGACUGGAUGGUUGAGAGGGUGGAUCUAAGUGAUUUUGACCUGGGCUCCCUGAUUGAUCCCUGCAGCCCUGUUGAAGAUUCCCCCAGCUCUCCAGAAGAUCUCCUUGCUUCUCUGGAUUGUCCCAUGGAGCUUGACUCCAUCCCACUGCCAACCCUCUCAGCUCCUGUGUGCUCAAGUCCUCCUCCUGCUUCCUUUCCCCACAUCCCAUCUCUCUCCAGUUCCACUGUUGGUUCAGAUCCCUCUGUCAUUGCAGUAGAUGAGCCUGAAUCUUUCCCCGGUGGGCAAGAGGUUCCCUCCUCCCCACUUUUGGUCCCAGAGCCACAAGAGGAGCUUGAAAUCAAGUCUGAACCUGCUUCUCCUGGCUCUUCUCCUGCUGUUGUUGAUUCUCCAUCCUCUCCAGCCUUCACGCUGGACCUGGGCAGUGAAGUGGAUAUCUCUGAGAGCGAGUUAAAGCCUGUUGUAGCUUCUGUGGUGCCUGAGGUCCCAAAGAUCUUGCUGUCCCUUGCCCCGACACGCAUUGUCCUUGUGCUGACUCCUAAAAAUGAUGUCAGGGUCACUCCCACAGCUGAGGUAAUCCACUGCUCCCCACCGACUUCUCCUGCACAGACGUCCCCCAGAAGCAGACCCUACCCUGAGCCCAAACACAAAUCCAGUCCACCCACCUCCAGCUCCACCUCCCCAGAUGGAACUGAAAGGUCAACUCUGAAAGCACCAAAGGACAGGAAACGGAAGAUGGAACAGAAUAAGACAGCUGCCACACGCUACAGGCAGAAGAAAAGAGUCGAACAAGAUUCACUUCUGGUGGAGCAUGCUCAGCUGGAGAGGAAGAAUGUGGAGCUGAUGGAGAAGGCUGAAUCUAUGGCCAGGGAGAUCAAGUAUCUAAAAGAUCUGAUGGAGGAAGUUCGCCAGACUAGGAUUAGAAAAGGCCUAAGUGCUGUGGUCAGGCCUGGAGAUGGCUGAUUGUGAUUAGCAAAUUAAAUGGAUCGUGCAGGUUUUUUUAUUUUAUUUUUUAAUUCAAGCUAUCAGUAUAGCAUGUCUUGGAACCUUAUUCUACAUGUAUUCAACACUGGUAUUAAAUAAAUGUAUUAAUCAUAUAUUUCCAACAAGGAAUAUGUAACCUUGUCUGAAGCUACUGGCAUGUACUUUCUUCCUAGCUAUGGACCUCAAUAUAACUUAAAUAUAAAAUGUAUUUUUAAAGUUUGUGUGUAACAAAGUAUAACCUGACUAUAUGUAGAAUGAAUCUCUUAAUAAAGAGUCUUAAACCAAA